AUGCCUCUUCGUCGAGACUUUGACAGCAUAUAUGGCGUUGUGAAGCGAGCACUUCGCAGUGGCGAACGUCUGCCUCGGAGUGAUGUCGAGGAACGCUACGCCCGUGCGAAUGGCAUGGACCAGACAAUAGCCGCCAUAGAUCGAGCGGCUGCUUUGGGUCAGCUGACAUACCGGCCGACCGAACACGGCGUGCAAUACCGCACCGGCCCAAGGGCCGUGGACUCCUAUACCCCUCGUGGGUCGAAUGCUAGCUCCAUGGGAAACAGCAGGCACUCUGAUUCCUUUGCUGAUGACCGUAGUAACAAUUAUGUGUACGAAGCGCGAGGCCGUGGUCACGAGGGGGACUCAUACAUACCACGGAGCCAUCGCAGCAGGUCUCCACGAUACCAGCGUCGCAGAGACUCUCCAAGGGACCGACGUUAUCGCAGUCCAUCUCCUCCUCAUCGAGAGCGGCGGACAAGUGAGUAUCGAUCUCCGUCUAGGGACAGGCAAUACUCUCGCUCGAUUCGAGAGAGAAGUCCUCCUCGGAGCCGCCGUGAUGGCAGUCCUUCCCAGAGGCAUAUGGAUGUGCAUCGAAGAGAUGAUCGUUCGCGGUCUAGGAUUCGCCACCGUAGCCCAUCUCGUCCUCGCCAAGAGCGGCGAACAAGUGAAUAUCGUUCAGAGCGGCGACCAAGUGAGUAUCGUUCAGAGCGGCGACCAAGUGAGUAUCGUUCAGAGCGGCGAACAAGUGAGUAUCGUUCAGAGCGGCGAACAAGUGAGUAUCGGUCUCGGUCUAGGGACAGGGAGUAUGCCCGCUCCCUUCGAGAGAGAAGCCCUCCUAGGAGCCGCCGUGAUGACAGUCCUUCCCAGAGACAUCGGGAUGGACGUCGGAGAGAUGAUCGCUCACGGUCUAGGCUCCGCUACGCUGACCCCCCUCGUCAGACUCCAGAUCAAGAGGCCAACAAAACCAGGGCUUUGCGGCCCUCUGAAAGUAGCUCACCAAAGAAGUCGGUACCGGCGAAGCGCCCUCGUGAGGAGAGCCAACCCAAACCAGAGAAACUGCCUCGUGCCAACGAAGGCAUUGAGUCGCCACCGGCCAAGAAGGACAGCCACGAGAGGAAGAAGGUCGACAGCGGACGUGGAGUACCUUGCCCUGGACAGCACGUUUCUCCACCUGGUAACGACUUCAAUAUCGCUUCGAUGGAUGAGGAGUGCAACUCCGCGAUGCUCCAAUCAGGUCCCGGCAAUCGUGCUGUCAUGAUCUUGAGAUCUUUUGCGGAGAUCUUGCAGAGAGCUGACGGAAUGGAUUGGCAGCAAGAGGGAUGGAAAUAUCAGCAACCGCCUGCUACACAGCAGGCGAAUGGCUAUGAUUGUGGCCCACUUACCACAUCUAACGCUCUACAGGCUGCCAGAGGUCAAGAACCCGAGCCCGACACUGAGUCGCCACUGACGACAGUAGCGUUUGAUGUACGGCAAACCCUUUGCAACAUCAUGCUCGAAGAUGUAGAACGUCGUUGGCUGGAAGAAGACCUUCUCGAUCGCGUGUGGAUGGACGCAAAGGCAACGGCAGAAGUCGAAGGUCUCGAUUUCGAUACAGAAGAGGAAGACAUCUUAAAAGAGCGAACCUCGAUCGUGCUGCGGACUUCCGGUGUUACAUUUAUCCAAUGCGAAGGUGACGACGACAAGACGUAUCAACUGGACACCCGUCCCGGCCAUCUCGUGGACACUGCCACGCAAACCGAAUUCAUGUCCGCUCCAGAAGGAGAGAUACAGCUCGAUAAGCCAAGAAGCGGAGCUUUCAGCCUCGCCAUUUCUGUCGUGCGGGCGAGUGGGCCACAAAAGCAAAAGGAGAAUUUCGAGCAGAUGGAACGGCGCGCGAGAGAGCAAAAGGUUGCCUUUGGGAAGAUAUGUGGACUCGAGCACGGAAUCGACGACGAAGCAGCUGAGACCUGGGAAGACGUGGAGAGUAGCAUCUCCCAAGGUCGGGUUCCUUGGAAGGAGUAUUGUUACACUGGAUCAAGCAGAGGCGGUCUCUUGGACGACGACUCAUCUUCGCCUGCGAUGAAGAUUCGAAGCCUUCUCGAAAGGCUCCAAAAAAUGGCAGAAACGUCGAAUGACCCUUUGCAUGUCGCCCUUCUGCAAUCCGGACCUGAUGGAGGCUCAACGAAUAACGAAGCUUUGUCAUUCUUCCAGGAUCAGUACCCGCACUUGAGAUUUCGCCUGAUAGUAUUUUUCGAUGCUCGUCGCAUCUGGAAUGAGGCAUUCUUCAACACGGAUCCUACCUCCGGUAUAAUUUGGGCAUCGUUUGAGGUGGACAAGCUCGCGUCGCUAUUUGCUGGUGAAGUGGAAGACACCGCCGGCCAUGUCUGCUACAUGCGCUUCUUGACUUCAUGCACGCUGGUCAAUUAUCGGAAGAUGGAUUGCAGCCUACAGGCACUCCACAAGAAUCUAGGCUUUCACUCUGGGAUUCAAAAUCACAUCGCGUCGGGGCUCACCGGUAAAGGACGCAAAUCUUUCUCGAUUGCAAAUUCGGCUGUCGCAGGCUCUUCGCUAAAUCCCAAAACCACGGGGGUGCCUUGCUCACGUGGUUGCAUCGACGAAAGGACCGGAGACGUUCGAGUAUUUGGAUCAAGAUGGAGUAUGUUGAGGCACGCGAGAGACAGCUGCGACAACAUACCAGAUCACGAGAAGACAAGAGACCCUUGCUUAAAUGGUUGCAUCGAUCCCAAGACCGGAGAUGUUGCGACGUUCAAGAGCAAAGCCAGCUUGAAGGUGCACAUGAAGUCGCAUUGCAGGGCAGGGGCCGACGAGCGUCCCUUGCCCAUGUGA